UAGGCAUGGAUACAUGGGGUCGGAAUCAUAUCAGUUUAUGCUUUGAAGCUUCAUUUUCUAAUGUAGAACAUAAGGUGUAGAGUCAUAAAGUGACUUGCCCAUUAUUGUAUGGAAAAUCUUUGAACCAGAGGUGCAGUUACUCAUUUAGUACUCAAACAGAAGAAAUAAAAACAGGCUGGCAAUUUUGGUUUACUUCUUGUCUGAUUUUUCUUCAUAAUAAUGUGUAGACGUGUAGGAGUGGGAACACUUUGUUCUUGUUUUUUGUAAUAUUGGGUUUUGUUUCAUUUCUAGGUUAAAGUGAAAAUACCUUUUGGAAACAAAUACCUUGAUGCUAUCUUUUCCGUCCCCGAGAAGAAACCAAUAUAUGGAGUGAUUCUUACUCAUGGAGCUGGAGGAGACAUGAACUUCCCUCACUUAGUGUCCUUGGCAGCCUACCUUGCAUCCCAUGGAGUUCUGUGCCUGCGGUUUACUUGCAAAGGCCUUAAUGUUGCUUACAGGACUAAGGCUUUCAAAGCAGUUGUGGAAUACUUAAAACUUUCUGAUGAUUAUAAACUUUCUGGUGUUUUCCUUGCAGGCCGUUCCAUGGGCUCACGAGCUGCUGCCUCUGUGAUACGUCAGCUGAGCCAGGGUGAUGAUGAUGAUGAUGGUUUCAUUCAAGGUCUUGUGUGUUGAUCUUACCCAUUGCAUCGACCAAAGAUGCAGUCCAAGCUCCGGGAUGAGGAUUUAUUACUGAUCAGGUGUCCAGUACUGUUUGUCUCAGGAUCAGCAGAUGAGAUGUGCGAAAAACAAUUGCUAGAAGGUGUGAUGAGCAAAAUGAAAGCCCCUAAAAAAAUCCAUUGGAUUGAUAAAGCAAACCAUGGGAUGGCAGUCAAAGGACGAACAACAAACGAUGUCAUGGAAGAAAUAAAUGCACAAGUUUUUUCUUGGCUUCGAGAGAAUGUUCAGCUGCAGCACAAAUAAUUUGCAGUGUCUGAGCAGCAUCUUCAUUUAUUUUUUUUCCUAAAUGUAGCAAAUAAGGGAUUUGUUCAUUUAUUUU